GCCGUCGUCCGAGCUCCGCCUCCGACGGCGGCCGCGAGGCGGCGGCGAUCGGGCGAGCCGGGCCGGGGCGCGCCGGGCGGGGGCGCGGGGCCGUGCGGCGCCGUCAUGGGCAACCUGUUCGGCCGCAAGAAGCAGAGCCGGGUGACCGAGCAGGACAAGGCCAUCCUGCAACUGAAGCAGCAGCGCGACAAGCUGAAGCAGUACCAGAGGAGGGUCGCCCAGCAGCUGGAGCGGGAGCGGGCGCUGGCGCGGCAGCUGCUGCGGGACGGCCGGAAGGAGCGGGCCAAGCUGCUGCUGAAGAAGAAGCGGUACCGCGAGCAGCUGCUGGACAAGACCGAGACCCAGAUCAGCAGCCUGGAGGCCAUGGUCCAGAACAUCGAGUUCGCCCAGAUCGAGAUGAAGGUGCUGGAAGGGCUGCAGGCCGGGAACGAGUGUCUCAACAAGAUGCACCAGGUGAUGUCCAUCGAAGAGGUGGAGCGGAUCCUGGAUGAGACGCAGGACGCCGUGCAGUACCAGCGGCAAAUCGACGAGCUGCUGGCGGGGAGCUUCACGCAGGAGGACGAGGACGCCAUCCUGGCGGAGCUGGACGCCAUCACUCAGGAGCAGCUCGAGCUGCCGGAGGUCCCCACGGAGCCCCUCCUGGAGGAGACGCCAGGAAAAGCCCCCGCCAAGGCCAGGCCCCGGCAGGCAGAGCUGGUGGCGGCCUCCUGACGCCUGGGACUCCCCGGGGCCCGGCCCACAGUCGUCUGGGCGCGCGGCAGCCUCGGACGGCUCCCAGGAGGCCUGCAGCGGGCCGGGCUGCCUCCCGCGGCCAGGGCACCGGGCCUCGCGCCGGCACGACUGCAGGACGCCCCGUGACUCCGAGUCGGGCCGCACGCGCGCCGCCGUCCUGCUCGUCCUGGAUGAAACGGAGACGUUGAACCCUGGGCCGAGCCCAGCCUCCGCGGCGCAGGCCACCCCCGGUGCUGUCCACACUGCCGCCCCGCCCGUGCAGCUCCUCUGGGCGGCGGCGGCCCAGCGCCCCUGCUUCCCGUACGCUCGCUGCCCCCUCCCCGGCCUGGCCCCGGCACCUGCCCGCAGCGCCCGGGCUCCGUGUGGGUGAGGAGCGGAAACCCCGGGACGCAGGCGUCUGUGGCCCUGGCACCUGCCGAGAAAGGACCUCCAGAGGCGAGGGGACCCUGCGCCCGCGGUGGGGCCCGCCCUGCGCCCUGCGCCCUCGGAGGCAGCCCGCCGUCCAGCCCCUGAGCCCAGGACCCGGCUCUGUUGCUGGACGACCUCGAUGGAGCAGCACGGGGCAGAGGCCACCAGGGACGGGGCGGGGGCCCUCUUCCCCAGGCCAGCCCCGUGGGCCCUAUUAAAGCUGGCCUCCGUGGA